UUGCACGUUACAUGAUGAACCCAUAUGCAGACAAUAUGCAUAUCCAAAUAUAUCCUUUUACGAUAGAACAAACGGUGUUGGAGGAUAUAUCCAAAAUGGAAACAAUAUGAAAAAUAUUAGAGAGUUUUUUGAGGAUAGACAUCAUUUAGCAAAAAUUGAUGUACUUAAUCGAGUUCCACUUUUAAAUGAGGCACAAAACAAUAUUAAAUACAAUUUAACCGUAACAAAACCUGGGUUAUAUAUAAUAUUGGUAAAUUAUAUUACUCCCUUAACCAAUGAACAAACCCAUAUGAUUAGUUUAAAAAUAGAUCAAAAUUAUGGACAAAAUAUGGGACAUUUAAAACUACAUAACUGCCCUUACACACACAUGUGCAGACAAGUGGUAUUAGAUUCUCAGGGCGGAGUUGGUAUCUUUAAAGUAGAUACAAAUAAUUUUCCAAUAGAAUUAAAGAGCGAAAAUGCAAAUGUCGGAAUUCAUUCUAUUUAUACUAUACCAAGUGAAUUAUGGUCUUUGGAAUAUAUUAAACCUAGUCCAGUGUGCAUUAAAAUGGAUGGAAAAUGUAUUGUAUCCGAAUUUAGAAACCCUUCAGAAAGUAAAACUAUUCAAUUCGAUUCAGAAGAAGUAAUGAGAUUACCAGUGGGUAAAAACAACAAUACUACAUAUGUCUGGCUAAGCACCAAAGAGAAAGCUAUAGAUUUAAAGGGAAAGGUUUCUACUCCAGGACCAUACACAUUUAUAGUUCAUUAUUAUCAACCUGAUUUUCCAGAAUUCGACUUAAGUGUAAUAAUUCAAAAUGGGCAAUUUUAUGAAGCUAAAGUGCCCAUUAAACAUUGCCCAUCUAAAUCGGGUUGCCGUUCCACUGUGGAACAAGUAGAUGGAAAUAAUAAGUUUUAUUUAACAGAAAAUUUUAUGGCAACUUUAAAGAUACAUUCUGAUACUAAAAAUGUAUUUUUAAAUUACCUUAUUGUGACACCAGCAGAUUUUUACAGCGAAAAAAAUUUAGAAGAAGAAGAAGAGCUAGAUAGAUCCGGGGAAUUUAUUAAGAACUGUGCAAAUAACAACUUUAACAUAGAUACCACCAGAAAAGGAUUUUGUAGGGACUCGGUAUUUUCAAUUACUGCUGCUCACAAUGUUGGUGCACUUCCAUGUCAAUGCGAUUUUCAUGGCUCCUUAAGUUUUGAAUGUGAAAAGUUUGGAGGUCAAUGUUUAUGUAAACCUCAUAUUAUUGGUCGCAAAUGCGAAGCAUGCAGAACAGGUUACUAUGGUUUUCCCGAUUGCAAACCUUGUGAAUGUCCAUCAACAGCUUAUUGCGAACCAGAAACUGGCCAAUGUAUUUGUCCCAGAAAUGUAAUUGGCGAAAAAUGCGAUAAAUGUGAUAAAUUAACUUAUGGUUUCGACUCUCUUAUUGGAUGUGAAGAAUGUAAUUGUCAUCCCUUGGGAAUCGAAAAAACUACACAGUGUGACUUAUUAAAUGGAAGUUGUGCUUGUAAAGAAAACGUCGAAGGGCGGACCUGUAGCACAUGUAAACCGGGUUUUUAUGCAUUUCCCCAUUGUGAAUCCUGCGAUUGCAAUCCUAUUGGAACAAAUCCCGAAAUAUGUGCUCAAGAUACAGCUGAAUGUUUCUGUAAAAAAAAUGUUGUUGGUCCCCAAUGUGAUUACUGUCGAGAAGGUACCUACAAUUUGGAUGUCCAUAAUGAAGACGGAUGUACUGAAUGUUUUUGUUUUGGAAAAACGUCAAACUGUAUGAGUUCAAUGUAUUCUAAAUUUAUUAUUAAAUACACCCAAAACUGGAAAAUAGUAUCAAUUAAGCUUAAUGGAAUAUUGGAAAUUAGUAAUAUUAAUGUGCCUUUAGAAUAUUUUGAUGAAGCUAUUGGUGCUGAUUUUACUACUGCUGACUUAAAUACAACAAAUUUAUACUUUUCUGCCCCUUCUGCAUACAUUGGCAAAAUGUUAUUAUCUUAUGGAGGGUACUUAAAUUACACCAUUUUUUAUACAAUUGGCGAGUUUGGUUCUGCCGUUAAUGGUGCUGAUAUUAUUUUAAAAGGAGCUAAUAGCUAUUUAACAUAUUCAAGUCUAGAACAACCAGCUGUUUCCCAAGAAUAUCAAGGAUUUGUACAAAUAUUGGAAAGUAACUUUAAUUUGCCUCAUGGAGUACCUUCAAAAAAAGAGCAUAUUAUGGAAAUUUUAAGGGAUCUUAGAGGGAUAUACAUAAGGGCCACCUACUGGACUGCCAGCAUUACUACAAGAAUAAUCAAUCCCAUACUGGAAAGUGCUAUAUAUGAAGAAGAUUCUCGCGUGUAUCGUAGUAAAGCUGUAACUGUUGAGCAAUGCAGAUGUCCUCCCAAUUAUCAAGGGUUAUCUUGUGAAGAAUGUGCUCCUGGGUAUUAUAGAAUUCAGUCUGGAUCCCAUGGAGGAUACUGCCAACCCUGUGUAUGCCACGGUCAUGCAACCGAAUGUGAUGUUAAUACUGGAGUUUGUUUGAACUGUACUCAUAAUACUAAAGGAGACCAUUGCGAAGUUUGUGAAAUUGGUUACCAUGGAAAUGCCUUAGGUGGUACCCCGAAUGACUGCCUAAUUUGUGCAUGUCCGUUGCCGAGUACAAGUAAUAACUUUGCAAAUUCUUGUGAUGUCAGUAAUGAUGGGGAGAGGAUAAGUUGUGAAUGUGAACAUGGCUACAUUGGAGCUAGAUGUCAAUCGUGUUUACCAGGGUUUUAUGGCCAACCUGAACAGCCAGGAGACUUUUGUAAAGCUUGCCAAUGUUCUGGAAACAUAAAUAUUGACGAACCGGGUUCCUGCGAUACUAUAACUGGAGAAUGCCUUAAAUGUUUAAAUAACACAUUCGGAGUUGCAUGUGCAUUGUGUAAACCAGGUUUCUUUGGCGAUGCAGUGAAUAGAAAGGAUUGUCAAGCAUGCAUUUGUGACAAAUUGGGCAUCAAUCACUGUGAUAGUAGUACAGGAACAUGUAUAUGUAAACCUAACGUAGUUGGGGAAAAAUGUGAUAGAUGUGAUGUAGAGCAUUUUGGAUUCGACUCAGGUAGAGGAUGCUCUCCAUGCAAUUGCAGCAGUGCAUCAGAUAGUUCUCAAUGUGACGAUACAACAGGGCAAUGUAAAUGUAAGUCUGGAGUAACUGGUACCACUUGCAAUAGAUGUCAGGCGGGAUACUGGAACUAUACAUCAGAUGGAUGCAUUUCUUGCAGGUGUAAAAGUGAAUUUUCUCAAGGUGUUAGCUGUAAUCCACGUACAGGUCAAUGCGAAUGUAUGCCCGGUGUUAUAGGAGAAAAAUGUGACCAAUGUCCAUAUAGAUGGGUAUUCACACCUAGUUAUGGUUGUCAUGAAUGUGACAAUUGUCAUUACGCUUUGUUAGAUACUGUUGAUAAUUUUGGAGCGUUAAUAGAUCCCAUUAUUAUUGAAUUUGAUUCAACAAAUUCCGGAUACUUUACAAGGAGACGCUUAGAAAGUAUGGAAGACCUAUUCAAAAAAAUUAGACCAAUGAUGGAUGACGUUGAUCCCCGACAAAUUCAUAUAAAAGAUUACUUGAACGAGAUAGAGUCUCUAGAACAUGAUUUAAAGAAUUUAAACCGAAAGUCUAAUUAUUCGCUGGAAAAUAGUGAGACUUUAAAUAAACAUAGUGAACAAUUACACGACCAGAUUUCGGAGUUAUAUGAUGAUAUUUUGCAAGCUGAAGAAGAUGCCAAUAUAGCUGUUGACGAAAUUGCCCAAAUUACCUUCCAAUUGAAUGAUGAUUUUGGUACAGAAAUUGAAAAUGCAAUUCAAGAAGGACAGAAUACUUUUAAUCAAAUAAAAUUGUAUAAUUUAACAAGCAAUGAGGUUGAUGCUACAAAGCAGUUAAGAAAAGUAAAUGAGUUACUAAAAAAUAUAAUCAACUUUAAAUUACCCUCUGAUGGAAUGUUAGGUGAUGUUGAAUUUAUUAAAGAAGAUCUAAACAAAUUUAAAGCAAAACUUGAUGAUAUUUACAACAAUACUCAAUAUUCAAUUAAUAAUGCUAUGGAAGCAGAAAGAGUAAUACGAAAAACUGGAAAAGACCAUGUAAAGGCUAAAUUGGAAAGUAUUGAGAAUCAAGUGGACUUAUCUAAAAGUAAUAUCUUAAAAUCAGAAAAUCUCUUAAGCAAUGCCACACAAUUAAUGGAUCUCGCACUACUCACACUAUCUGAAGUUCAAGAAUUGCCGGAUGUCUUGGAUGCAAGAAAUACAGAAUUUAAUUCUUAUCUUGAUAGUUAUAAAGCUAUUGAUAAUAUCUAUAACAAACAACCCAUUGUUGAAGAACGAGCAGGAAAUUUAUCUCUUGAAGCACAGGAAUGGUCCGAAGUAUUUUCGGAAAAUAAAGAAACUGAAGAUGCAGUAAAAGCAGGAAAUGCAUACCGAGAUAUUAUAAAAACUGUUAAUAACUCUCGUUCUGCUGCCGAAGAAUCUCGAUCUGAUACAUCUCGAGCAAAUAGCAUUUUAACUGAUAUAUCGGAUAAAACAUAUGAAGCUGAUAGCAAAUCUUCGGAUAUUCUUUUUAAAGCUCAUAGUUUAAAAACAAACUCAGAAGAUAAAUUGGGGCCUAUUUUGUAUAAUGUGCAAGAUGAAUUUUUGCCUAUAAAAGAAGAAUUCGAUAGAAACGUAGAUUUACUUAAGGAAUUAAUAAAAAAUUUGGACAAUACACAAUACAAGUCUCUAGAUAUGGCUUAUAUAAAUGCCUCCGAACAGUCUCAAACUGCUGGAAACAUAAUAUCUGAUAUUAAAGAAUUAAAUGUAGAUUUUCAAGAGCUUCCAAAUGAAACAAAUAUGGUUGAAACAUUGCCAAAAGAUCAUGACGAGUUAAGGCGUAAUUUACUUCUUACAGACAAACAAGUUGUUUCAGUAAACGAUAAAUUACCGGAUAUUAUAAAUAGAGUAGUAUACUUCCCCAAAAUGGAAAAUGCUCAAAAGCACAAAAUAGAUAGAAUUCAAUCAAAAAUUAAAAAACUAAACCAACAAAUUGAGCUGGCCAGAGACAUUGCUAAUAAAGUAAAAGUUGGUGUUAGAUUUUAUCCAAAUACAACCUUGGAAUUAAAAAAUCCUGAUAACAUAGAACAACUUACUACGUCUGUAAAAAUAUCGGGAUAUUUUAGAACACCUAAAAGAGAUGGUCUUAUUUUUUAUUUGGGCAAUCCCAACGGAACUAAUUUACCAAAAACAAAAUCCGAUGAUUAUAUGGCCCUGGUUAUAGUUAAUGGAUAUGCCACACUUAAAUUUGAUCUUGGUAAUGGUCCUGAUCAAUUAAUUAAUGAAAAAUAUGUUUCUGAUAACGUAUGGUAUCAAUUUAUUAUUGAAAGAAUUGGACAUUAUGCUACUGUAACAAUAAGGGAAGAAAUUGAUAGAAAAGAGGUAUUUACCAAAGCUGAAAAACCAAUUACUGGGCAUUAUUCUAUAUUUAACUUGGAUAAAGAAAAAUCAAAACUUUUUGUGGGAAGUUUUCCUCCAACAAACUAUGAAAUACAAAAAGAAAUUUCUGAGUUCAAUUCUUUAGAGGGAGAAAUUGAAGAUUUCGUUAUAGGUGACAGACCAAUAUCGUUAUGGAACUUUAAUCAAGGUUAUGAAAAUAAUCAUGGUGCCAUGGAAAGAGAUAAGUUGGUAGAUCUUGAGCCUAGUACUGGUUUUAGAUUUAAUGGAAAUGGUUAUGCAAUAUUAAAUGCUAGGUCUUAUCCUAUAAGACAUAAAUCUGAUAUUCAUCUUGCAUUUAAAACAUUUGCGUCAGAAGGACUUCUAUUUUUAGCUGGCAACUCCAAUACAUUUAUAGCUUUAGAAUUAAGAAAUGGAAAGGUGUUAUAUCAAUACAAUUUGGGAACAGAAACCAAGAAAUUUUAUACUUCCAAAACAUACAAUGAUGGUCGGUGGCAUAAAAUAAAUGCGGUACGUGAGGGAACAAAAGGGAAAUUAAUCGUUGAUGGAGAAGUUGAACGUGAUGUGUCAAAACAAAUAGCUGGUUCUUCAAUUGAAGCAAUAGAAACAAUUUCAUUUGGUGGAUAUCCAAACAAACAUAAUUACGUUGAUGUAACCCAUAUAAAAUAUGAUGGUUGUAUUAAUAACGUUACUAUUAUGGGACAAACAGUAGAUCUAAGAGUAAAUAUAAAGACAUUUGAUGUUUUACCUGGAUGUCCAGAAAAGUUCGCACCUAUGGUUUCGUUCACAAAUAAAAGACCUGGUUACAUUGGUUGGAAUCGACUAUCUAUUUCCAAUGACUUUAAGGCUGCAUUAAAAUUUAAAACAAAGGAAAAGGAUGGAAUCAUAUUUUAUGUCACUGAUUCAGAACAAACUGCUGGAAUAUCUUUAUCUCUGGUUGAUGGACGUCUUAAAAUUAUAAGUCAAAAAAUAGAAUUAAUAUCAAAAGAUACUUUUAAUGAUAUGAAGUGGCACGUAGUUUCAAUGAUGCAUAAUGAAAAGGAGUUACGAGUUGAUUUUGAUGAUUAUGGAUACAAAGUAACUGAUGCACCACCCCCUCCUCUACACAUUCUUUAUGGGCAUAUGUAUGUUGGAGGACUGCCUACAAAAAUUAAACCACUCGCAAGUAUGGUUGGAUCAACUGUUCAAUUUUCAGGAUGUAUAACCGAUUUAACAGUCAACGGUGCAGUUAAAAACUUUGCCAAUAGUACAGAAAAGUCAAACGAAUAUUUAGCAUCGUGCGUAUUGGACAAGACAGAAUUAGAAAAUUUGGAUGUUCACAAGUUGCCAGUUCUACCUCCUUUACCCGAUUGGGAUUUUGGAACCACCUUAGAACCUGAGCUUACUACAGGCAAUCCUUUCAAAGACAGGGGUAAAUCUCGCGGGGAUGGUGGUCAUGAUUUUGUUCCUUCCUUCGGUCAUAAUAUUUCAGCAACUAAAAUAGAUGAAUACCAACCAUCUACAUCCAAGCCACCACUUAAAGUUGGUUGUGCAUUACCUUUGGAGCCAACUUAUGAGGGAGAAAGUAAUGGAUAUAGAUUUGGUAUUAAAGAAGAAAGUCGACUGGAAUAUUUAGUACCUAGGGGCAAAUUUAGAAAACAAUGCGAUUUUGAUUUAAAAAUAAAAACAGCAGAAAAUAAUGGUAUAAUUUUGUUUGUAUCUGACCAGGCAAAUAACGAUCAGUAUUUAGCAUUGUUAAUUAAGGACGGAUAUUUAAUAUUUACGUUUAACACAUCUAAAGGCCCUGUAUUAAUAAAAACAAAUAAUAAAUACAAUGAUGAUAAAUUACAUUUGGUGCAGCUUAGUAGGGAUGAAAAAAAUGGAAAACUAGUAAUAGAUAAUACAGAAAAUUUAAAUUAUAACGGAGAAUUUGAAGCGGCUUUGGAUUUAAAGCCCCCAUUUUAUGUUGGAGGUAUACCUUCCAAGUUUUAUAAUGUCGUUUUCAAUAAACUGAAUAUAACAAAUACAUUCUCGGGAUGUGUACAAUAUCUUCGGAUGAAUGGAAAACCAAUGGAAAACCCCGAAGAACAUAAUGUUACUCCAUGUUCAGACAAUGUUGAAUAUGGAACAUUCUUUGCCGGCGAUGGAUAUGUUAAACUUAAAGAAAGAUUUAAGGUUGGUAUUGAGUUUGAUGUAAAAAUGGACAUCAAGCCAAGAGAUGUAUCUGGCGUAAUAUUAGCAGUCCAUGGCAAAAAGGAUUAUUUUGUAAUUGAACUAAUUGAUGGAGUCCUACAAGCAACAGUCGAUAAUGGAAAGAAACCUUUCAAAGCGUUCUCUAAAACUAGCAAAUAUCAUCUAUGUGAUGGAAAUUGGCAUAGUAUACAAGCUGUAAAAUCCAAAAAUGUAAUAACAUUAUCAGUGGAUAGUGUUUUUACUCAGCCACAAUUGGGGGAUCGUCAUGACCUUUCUACGGAUACUGGCAGUGCCUUAUUCUUAGGAGGACAUCGUUUUAUUAAACGAAUUAGAGGUAUUCAAACAAAGAAACCCUAUAUAGGCUGUAUAAGGAAUAUUCAUAUUAAUAAUGAGCCAGCUGAAAUUAUACCUAGCAUGAUAGUUGGAAAAGUAUAUGCAGGUUCUUGUAGAACAAAUUAAUGAUAUUAAAAGAUAUUUUGACUAAAAUAAAAACCU